AUGUCGCACAUCAACAGCACCGAGCUGCAGUCUCUCCUGAUCUCCCUCCUGCAGCACUGCCUCAACAGCUCCAGGUUUCUGUCGCCUUCACUCUCUCAGAACUACACUAUCCAUCAGGCAGUGCAGCAGACAGCUACAGCCAGAGGCCACUCUCAGCCUGAGGCGGUUAUCUACAUCCUCCUGGUGGUAGGCAUGUUCAGCUUCUUCACCUUUGGCAUCAUGCUCAGCUACAUUCGCUCCAAGAAGACGGAGAGUUCUCAGGACCCGUACCACCAGUACAUCGCUCACGACUGGGCCACGGUGGUGGUGCCAUCCAGGGCCGUAGCCGAGGCUCUGCAGAAGGAGGCUGACGGCAGUGGGGCCCAAAGCAAGGAGUCAGUUGUCAUCUGCAACCCUGCCGUUCAGCAGAAGCUGGAGUGAUGGAAAGGUUUCAGACACUUUGCAAGUGGUCUGGAUCAGCAGGUCUCCAGCUUUUCCCAGGAAUUCCACUGGAAUUAUUCAGGUUUAAAAGCUGAACACCAGCCAAAGUCCAGGAAGACU